AUGGAGAACAUGAUGCAGGGCAAUAAGAUCAGACGAGUUGCAGCUACUCGCAUGAAUGAGAGGUCAUCUCGAUCACACACGAUUUUCCGGAUUAUUCUGGAGUCGAAAGAUGCCAAUCAGAAAGAUGGACCUGUACAUAUAAGCUACCUUAACUUAAUGGACUUAGCUGGUUCUGAGAGAGUUUCUCUGACGAAAGCUGCUGGUGAGCGUCUUAAAGAGGGGGCUAACAUAAACAAAUCUUUGUCAGUAUUAGGAAAUGUGAUAAGGCAACUAAGCGAGGGGAAGGAGUUUAUCAGUUAUCGCGAUUCGAAAUUGACUAGACUGCUCUCACAGGCUCUUGGCGAUGUAUAUGGAUCUGUAGUAAAACCUUUAGUCGAUUCCUUCAUGGAAGGUUUCAAUGCCACAAUAUUUGCAUAUGGCCAAACAUCUUCUGGCAAAACACACACCAUUUUGGGCAAUAUAACAGAUCCUGGGCUUUUCCAAUUAGUAUCCAAUCAGUUAUUCCAGCAUGUGGCAGACCAGGUUGAUAAGAGGUACUUGAUUAGAUGCAGUUAUAUUGAAAUCUACAAUGAAAAGAUCAAUGACCUCCUGGAUAAGAGCAAUCAGGGUUUAACUAUAAGAGAAGAUAUCAAAGGAAAUGUGCUGCUUGAUGCAAGGGAAGCUGUCGUAGACAAUGUUGAUAAAGUUAUGGAGAACAUGAUGCAGGGCAAUAAGAUCAGACGAGUUGCAGCUACUCGCAUGAAUGAGAGGUCAUCUCGAUCACACACGAUUUUCCGGAUUAUUCUGGAGUCGAAAGAUGCCAAUCAGAAAGAUGGACCUGUACAUAUAAGCUACCUUAACUUAAUGGACUUAGCUGGUUCUGAGAGAGUUUCUCUGACGAAAGCUGCUGGUGAGCGUCUUAAAGAGGGGGCUAACAUAAACAAAUCUUUGUCAGUAUUAGGAAAUGUGAUAAGGCAACUAAGCGAGGGGAAGGAGUUUAUCAGUUAUCGCGAUUCGAAAUUGACUAGACUGCUCUCACAGGCUCUUGGCGAUGUAUAUGGAUCUGUAGUAAAACCUUUAGUCGAUUCCUUCAUGGAAGGUUUCAAUGCCACAAUAUUUGCAUAUGGCCAAACAUCUUCUGGCAAAACACACACCAUUUUGGGCAAUAAAACAGAUCCUGGGCUUUUCCAAUUAGUAUCCAAUCAGUUAUUCCAGCAUGUGGCAGACCAGGUUGAUAAGAGGUACUUGAUUAGAUGCAGUUAUAUUGAAAUCUACAAUGAAAAGAUCAAUGACCUCCUGGAUAAGAGCAAUCAGGGUUUAACUAUAAGAGAAGAUAUCAAAGGAAAUGUGCUGCUUGAUGCAAGGGAAGCUGUCGUAGACAAUGUUGAUAAAGUUAUGGAGAACAUGAUGCAGGGCAAUAAGAUCAGACGAGUUGCAGCUACUCGCAUGAAUGAGAGGUCAUCUCGAUCACACACGAUUUUCCGGAUUAUUCUGGAGUCGAAAGAUGCCAAUCAGAAAGAUGGACCUGUACAUAUAAGCUACCUUAACUUAAUGGACUUAGCUGGUUCUGAGAGAGUUUCUCUGACGAAAGCUGCUGGUGAGCGUCUUAAAGAGGGGGCUAACAUAAACAAAUCUUUGUCAGUAUUAGGAAAUGUGAUAAGGCAACUAAGCGAGGGGAAGGAGUUUAUCAGUUAUCGCGAUUCGAAAUUGACUAGACUGCUCUCACAGGCUCUUGGCGGAAAUGUGCUGCUUGAUGCAAGGGAAGCUGUCGUAGACAAUGUUGAUAAAGUUAUGGAGAACAUGAUGCAGGGCAAUAAGAUCAGACGAGUUGCAGCUACUCGCAUGAAUGAGAGGUCAUCUCGAUCACACACGAUUUUCCGGAUUAUUCUGGAGUCGAAAGAUGCCAAUCAGAAAGAUGGACCUGUACAUAUAAGCUACCUUAACUUAAUGGACUUAGCUGGUUCUGAGAGAGUUUCUCUGACGAAAGCUGCUGGUGAGCGUCUUAAAGAGGGGGCUAACAUAAACAAAUCUUUGUCAGUAUUAGGAAAUGUGAUAAGGCAACUAAGCGAGGGGAAGGAGUUUAUCAGUUAUCGCGAUUCGAAAUUGACUAGACUGCUCUCACAGGCUCUUGGCGGUAAUGCCAAAUCAUUGAUUAUCGGGAAUGUUACUUUAGCUGCAGAGGAGGAGACUAGAUCUACACCAGAAUUCGCCCAAAGCACUAAAACUGUCAAAAAUAAAACGAAAGUAAACAUCUUGUCAGCUACAGAAGAGACACUUCAAGGAUAUCAGAACUUGACUCGCGAUCUCGAAACUCGGCUCAAAAAGCAGGCAAUUAAGCUAAAAGAGAUGGAUAAAAGCAAACAAGAGUAUCUGCUCGAGAUAGAAAGACUAAAAACGGAAGUAUCUAUUGUCGGGCGCUUUCAAAUGGGAGCCUCGGCAUCAACACCGAAAAAAACAUUAAGACGUCAUACUUUUGGACACUAUGGCAACGUAUCACCUAAAAAAGCAUCCCUAGGGUAUAUGCCAUUGAAAAAUUAUCCACCCAAAGAAGAAUCAUCCGGACGUGAAAUGAGGCCUAUUCAAGAAGAGACAUAUGAGGAGGCACUAGCCGAAGCAGAAUCUGUGAUAGCUGAAGACGUGCAAGUGUACUUAAAAGACAACGCAAAGAACUGGAAGAAUCUUUCAAUGAGCUUAGAGAAUUCACUAAACUAG